GCGGCCGCUCCUCCCCACUGCGCACAGCGGCGUCUUCCGGGCCGGCACGCCGGCGAUGAUGGUGCAUUCGGUGAGAAACCGGCAGCAGCCCUUCAGCGGCUGGUCUCGCUCCACUCGCCAGACGUCGACGUCGACGACCACCUCGCAGUUCCUCGAGGCGCAGAAGCCUCGGUCGAUGGCGGCCGCGUGGAUCGACGGCGGCGUCCCGCGGUGGGUGACGCUGGUCGACGAGGUCCUCUUUGUCGUCGCGUCGGCCGCCUUCAUCAAAGGCUCGCUCGACUUCUUCCCCGGCGUGCCGCUGCAGUCGUACAUCGAGGGCAUCAACCUCUUCUUCGCCGGCUCCGCCGUCUACACCGUCCUCGCAGUGUUUGCGGCGUACGAGAUCGUCGAGGACGCAAAGCUGUCUGGCCGCGAGGCGCCGCCCGCCAAGCUCGUGGAGCAGGCGCUCUACCUGCUCGGCUCGGUCUUCUUCCUCUUGGGCACCGCAGAGUUCACGCCGCCCGCCGAGUCGUCGGCCGAGGAUGCGGCCGUGAGCGUGAGCGUGCUCGGCCGCACCUUCUUCCUCGGCUCGGCGGCCUCCAUCCCCGAGGACACGCUCGCCAUGGGGGACGAGCUCUUCAUCCUCGGCUCCUUCCUCUUCUCGGUCGCCGCAUUCAUCUCGGCGAUCGACGUCUCGGGAGAGAGCACCGGCGACGAGGUCUCGGUGCUGCAGCGACGCACCUCCGUCGCCGUCGCCUCGCUCUUCGAGCUCGGCGGCUCGGGGGGGAGGAGCGCUGCUUCACGGCUAGGGAGUGCCGUGCGCCUAGGCACGCCCUGCUUCUACCCCGCCGGGCCGAUGGGGAUGAGCGCGUGCCCCGAGGGGACCGAGACGCUGACGAGAGUCGGCGCCGCGCUCUUCGUCGCCGGCUCCGCUCGCUCAUCAUCCUCGCCUUCGAGGCGUGGCUCACCUUCCGGGGAGACGAGCCGGGCCCCGACCCGGGCGCGGCGGGCGGCGUGGGCAGCCGGCAAGGAGGAGGGGCGGGGCUGCAGGCCGGCGUGCCGCCGACACGACACACAGUGGAGAGAUAGCAUAACUGAAUCAAAAGGCUGUGAAUCGUCUCGACACCACGCACGACGUGCGGCGAGCGUGUCAAGUCACAAGAGCACGUUUUUACACACACGUACGACAUAGGGCACAAACCCCCCAGUGCACGGGCGUCAUGCUUUUAUAAUUACCCCACCUACCUA